CCUCUAAAAACAAACUUUAGACUUUAUAAACAUUUCCAGGGUCUCGGUGUUGGGGCUCUGUGUGUUCAGCUCCAUUAUCUUGACUAGUACAAUCCUGCUCUUAAAUGUACAAUUAUCUGAACGGAAUUUUGAACGGCAGUAACUGACAGGGAGGUGUUUUCUGUUGUCGCCUCCAGGCCGCAUGGGGCGCAAGAGCGCAAGUACCCGGAAGUCUUUCACACGUGAAGGAUGUUUGAAUUAUUUUGAUCCGUAGACCCCAGUCUCUUACUGAAACCACAAACGUUCCUGUUAACGAUCAUCUAAAUAUCUGUACCACGUGUGCUGGACUGUAACUGAUGUGACAGUUUACUGACAUUAUGCCAACGACCAACAGAAAGAAGCAGAAGCAGGGGAGAGACACCGCGGUGCAGGGAACCAACGACAGCAGUGUGGUGAGCAAGGUGUCUGCUGCGGCACAGGGAUACUUUCACGACAUCUUUCUCCAGCACUUUGUGUGCAAAGUGGCGAGGAGAGCCCCGCUCAUCAACAGGGGCUACUAUGUACGCUGGAGAGCUGUGGACCACUGUAUAAGGAGAUUUUUCCAGGUCACUGAAAACUGCCCUAAGAGACAGAUUCUGUCUUUGGGGGCAGGGUUCGACUCUUUAUAUUUUCGCCUACACGCAGAUGAAGCGCUCAUCAGGGCUGUUGUGUUUGAGGUGGAUUUCCCAGAUGUUGCCCGGCGUAAGACUGCCCUGAUCAAUUCUAAUAUCACACUGAGGGGGAUGUUAGAUGCCCAUUUACCUUCUCCUGGUAUGUCUGGACCUCUGCAUGUGUCCAGUGGUCAGUACCAUCUGUUAGGCCUGGAUGUUAGAGAGGAGUCCCAGGUGGUAGAGGCUCUGGAUGCAGCUGGGUUGGACUGGGCUGCCCCCACUCUGAUUCUCUCUGAGGUGGUGCUCACCUACAUGGAAACACAAUGGUCAGAUGUUGUUAUUAGUUGGGCGGCGAAGCUCCUGCCUCAGUCGCUCUUUGUGAUGUAUGAGCAGAUCCAUCCACAUGAUCCCUUUGGUCGGAUCAUGCAGGAUCAUUUCCUGAAACUAAAUUCGACUCUACACGCCGUUCGACAAUACCCAGACACUGCUGCACAGAGACGCAGGUUCCUGGACAAGGGCUGGGAGCAGUGUGUGUGUCUGGAUAUGAAUGACUUCUACCUGGGGCUGGUCCCUGAGGAGGAGAGGUGCAGAGUGGAGGUCCUGGAGCCUUUUGAUGAAUAUGAGGAGUGGCACCAAAAAUGUUCCCACUACUUCAUCCUCACUGCAUCUCGAGGCUCUUUCAUGGCUCAGGCUUUACUCUCACAUCCUCCAGUAUCUCCACUGCCGUCCAAAAGCCCAUCUUGGAGCCCUGCAGCCCUGAGUGUGAAGACUAUACCAGUUUGUGUGGAGGGGCUGGGGAUGGCGUCCACCUUGGUGAGCCCAGGGCAGGUCCUGCUAACAGGAGGCUCCAGCAGGGGAGGUAGGGGGGCAGUAGCUAGAGUCCUUCUCAGAGGUCAGGAAGGCUGGAGAUCCAUCAGUGUGGAGCCGUCAGUAGAUCUGGGUGUGCGACUCUACCACACCGUCACGUCUUGUCCUGGAGGAGGUGCUGUAGUAUACGGAGGUCGCUCCUCUCCUCUCAACCCAAUCGGAGGCCUUUUCAAAGUAAACCUAGGCCCCUGUGGUCCACCUGGUCCUCUGGACUCAGAUGACCGAGGUGCGGUGAAACUCUGUGUAGAGCAGAUGGUUUGUACAGGUGAUCAUCCACCGCCAAGAUGGAGACACACCGCUACAAUCGUCAGUCAUAAAGGCAAAAACUUUCUGUUUGUGUUUGGUGGAAAGAACGAAUCAGAGGCUGUUCUGGGUGACGGCCACUUCCUGUGUCUUGAGCAGCAGCACUGGACUGAGAUCCCAGUAGAGGGCGCAGCACCAGAGGCCCUCCAUUCCCACUCAGCAUGUUCAUAUGAGGGAGGCAUGGUGGUGUUUGGAGGACUGAACAGAAGAGGGGUCCCACUGGGGGACACGGUCAUAUUAAGGCCCAAUGACAGAGGCUUCUGGUGGGACAGAAUAGCGGUGCAGCCCCCCCCUAUUCCCAGAUACUCUCAUUCUGCUCAUGUGAUUGGUGAGAAGCUGGUUGUAGUGGGUGGAGUUUGGCUGCAUUCAGACAGCGUACCGUGUGUCGUCGUGAUCAACCUCACCACACGGAGCAGCAUGGAGCUCAGUCUGGACACGACCUCAGUGCCCUGGCCUCUGAUGCUCCACUCUUUCUGCUCUGAGCUGACGGACUCAGAAGAACCAGAGCUGCUCCUGAUAGGUGGAGGAGGGAACUGUUUCUCCUUUGGGACUCAUUUCAACCCUCAGCCUGUCACUGUGGACCUCAGACCAGUACUGGGGUGAAGCGUUUCUAUGCUCAGAUCAAUGACUUUAACUCAGCAGUUUAUGCAAUCUGACAUCCAGCCUUCAGAGAUGUCUGGAAGGAUGAAAAGGAUAAACUUGAAUUAUCUGGGAAUGUAUGAACAGAGGUUACUUUGCCAAGAUGUGCAGUUGUUAUUGAUUCCUAGAGUGUGGAUGUCUAAGUAUGCAAGGAUACAUAAUGUUCAAAAAACAUUAAACUCCAAAGGAAUGCCUUCA